UUGGUCCACAAUCGAAAGAAGUUUAACCACUACGCAACCAAAAUGAAAUCUUUCAUCAUUUUCUCUGUGCUCCUCAUUUGCUGCAUGUAUUUCGCCUUCGCUGCACCUCCCCAAAAUACCCCCGGUGUACAAUUCCUCAAAUACAAAAACGAUGAUGAUUUUGAAGCAAUUCAAAGGCAAAUCAUUGCUCAAUAUGACCAAUUGGGUGGCACCUCCCAAUUCCAUCAAGCAAGUGCUACCGUUGUGGACCCUCAACAUAUCAGAAUCAAUUUGUAA